UCUUGUUUCAUUGGCAAUAAUAAUACUAUUACUUCUUUAUGUCAUUGCAUUAUUAAUUCAAAUAGUGUUAUGGGGAAUAGAUUUAUACUUAAUCUGUAAAUGGGGUAAAUCUUAUGGAGGCAGAUUACGAAAACACGAUGUUCAAUUUGAUGUUACCGAUGAAAAACUUCCAAUAGUAGCAAUGGCCGUUUUAAAUCAUAGUGAUGAUCAAGAAGUGGCUGUUGAACGAGUCAAAAAUGAACUCAUGAAAUUCCAUGGGUCUUCUCACAAAUUAUCUUCUACGGUACGAAGAUGUUUGGGAUAUCCUUAUUACGUUAAAAAACACACAAAAGCGGAAGAUUGUGUUGAAGUGAUUAAAGUAAAUAACAAUAAAACUUUGUCUAAAGAUGAUUUGAUGGAUUAUAUCCAAAAGAACUAUUCUAAAGACGUAAUAAACGGCGAUAAACUUUGGUACGGAAGGAUAUUUGCGCAACCUGUUUCGUGGAAUAAGAAGAGUGAAAAACAUAAACAAAUGGUUAUUAUGUGGGUUUUUAGACAUUGUUUAGCCGAUGGAAUUUCAUUGAUAGCAUUGGUUCAAAAAGUUUUAUAUCGCCAAAAUGCGUUAGAAAAUCCUAAAGUUGAUAUUAAAGUUCCAAAACCAAGUUUGUCGUUAGAUGAUGUUCAUAUGAAUAGAAAUCCUUUCACUUGUGAACAAGAUGAGGACACAUUUAACACAGAAAAAGGAGAACGUCAAAUUGCUAUCAAUUCUGAAGACGAAAUUAAUUAUGUUCCAUUGGUAAAGAAAAUAAAGUCUAAACUAGGUGUAGGAUUUACUGAAGUAUUAACAGCCUGUUUAACAGCAAGUUUAGCCGAAGUUUUAGCUAAGCGAGGAAAAACUAUGGAUAAAUAUACGAUGGGUCUUUUAUUUAGACCUUACGAUGAUGAUUUUGUUAAAAUAAUUAAUGGAACUUACGAUUACAAUAAUUUAUCGAAUAAUUUUACUGCGUUUAUAAUAAGAGUGCCUGUAACUAUGAAGCAAGGAUCGACAAUGAUCGAUAGAAUUAAAGCAAUGGAUUUAGAAGCUAAAAAAGCUAAAACGUCUGUAGAUGCUUUGUUUAAUCACACAUUAACAAAAUAUGGACACUAUAUCCCUCACCCAAUUAUGAAAAGUACCACGAUGUUCAUGAUGAGAAUGUCGGCUGUCGCAAGUAACGUUGGAGCUAUGAGAGAUGGAACUAUUGCCGGAUAUGAAGUUGAAUCAGGAUUAUCAUAUCUCCCUUAUUGUUAUGACACUGGUAUUAUAAUUUUGUGAUGGUAUUUCGAAUGUUUAUUAAAAUGCGAUUUUAUAUAGCU